UGUGGCCGCUGGGGGGCAGCGCAGUGACCAACAACACAGAUUGAUCCGCUGUAAUUUGGUACUUUCCAAGCUAAAUAAGAGAACAUGUUCGUAAACAGUUGGCUAUUUACACUUCCAGAAGAUAGCAUCAUUCACUUGGAGUUAAGUUUCACAUCAAUAGUCGCCCUCGUCACAGUGGGAAUGUGAGGAGGAAAAGGAAAACAACCCGAGGCCAAGAGAAUUAUGCUCGGCCAUGCUCUGUUUCAGCCUAAGAAAGAGUGAGGACUGAAGACGCUGGUGAAAAUGUCCACGAUGACCCCAGCAAUCACACCCUUAUUCCGGCGUAUUACACCUGGACACGAUCGUCUAAUGGCCGCUGAUUUAGGAGACGGGGGACGGAGACCACAACACCCUGAGCGGCGCACUGAGCUGGAUAACGUCUCCUUCAACCCGCAGCACAGACUCAUUUCUCUACACACCAGCUCUGAGUGGAUGCUCAGCAGGGGUGUUUGAGAUAUUAGCCCGCUGUUGGGGUGAAACGGCUCAGGGAGUUCUACCAUCGCCACACUCAAAGAGCCGGCAGUCAGGAGGAAUAUGGGCAAAUCCGAAAGCCAAAUGGAUAUCAUGGAGAAAUCAAGUAAACCUGGGAAGCGUCGUUGGACUGUUGCAGAAAUCGGUCUGUCCGUGCUGCUGCUGUUGGUCAGCUGUGCCUUGGCCGGGCUGGUGGUCCUCUACACAUCGGCUGUGAAAGAGCAAUCUAGCAGGUCGAGUGUGUCGAGGAGCUCAACAGGACAGCUGUUUCGCUCCAGCCUCAACAGUGUGUGCACCACUGCAGACUGUGUUACUGCAGCCGCUCGCCUUUUGCAGAACAUGGAUCAGUCUGUGAAGCCUUGUGAUAAUUUCUACCAGUACGCCUGCGGGGGUUGGCUGGAGCGACAUGUCAUACCGGAGACGAGCUCCCGUCACAGCGUCUUUGACAUUCUGAGGGACAAGCUGGAGAUUGUCCUCAAAGGUGUUCUUGAGACGGAGAAUGGGGAGGACAGAGCUGCCAUCAGGAAGGCCAAGAUCCUUUACAGCUCCUGCAUGAAUGAGAGCCUCAUUGAGCAGCGUGACUCGCAGCCCCUCCUGAGGCUCAUUGACAGUAUCGGAGACUGGCCUGUGGCGUCAGAUGACUGGAACACCACCGCAGAGGAAGCGUGGAGCCUUGAGGACACACUGGCAGCGCUUACAGCUCGCUUCCACAAAAAGGUUCUGCUGGACAUGUACGUGUGGACGGACGACCGUGACUCUCAGCGCCAUAUAAUUUAUAUUGACCAGCCGGGACUUGGAAUGCCGUCAAGAGAUUAUUACUUCAAUGACGGAAACUACAAAAAGGCUCGUGAGGCCUACCUCCAUUUCAUGGUUUCUAUUGCGAAGAUAACCCGAGAGGACAGGAACUUGACUCAGGAUGACGACCGUGUGUGGGAGGAGAUGAUGCAAGUGCUGGAGCUGGAGACAGACAUCGCCAAUGCCACAUCACCAGCAGAGGAGCGCCAAGACGUCACUGUUCUCUACAAUAAGAUGACACUUGGGGAGCUACAGGGCACGUUCAGCCUUAAUGGUUUUAAUUGGACGCGGUAUAUUCAAGGAGUGCUGUCCAGUGUGUCCACGGAGGUCCAGCUGGAGGAGGAGGUGGUGGUGUACAGCUCCCCUUAUCUUGAAAAGAUGAACGACGUUCUCUCCAAACACAGCAUCAGAACUAUGCAGAACUACCUCACCUGGCAGCUCAUCAUUGACAGAGUUAACAGCUUGAGCCGCCGAUUCAAAGAUGCCAGAGCUCGUUACAGGAAGACGCUCUAUGGGACCACCGUGGAGGACGCAUGGUGGCGAGAAUGUGUUCGAUAUGUCCAGAGCAGCAUGGAGAACGCGGUCGGGGCUCUGUACGUGCGCGAGACGUUCGCUGGAGAGAGCAAACAAAUGGUCAGUGACCUCAUCACGAAGAUCCAGAUGGCGUAUGUGGAAACACUGGAGGAGUUGAGCUGGAUGGAUGCUCCCUCAAAGGAGAAGGCGAGAGAAAAGGCCAUGGCCAUCAAGGAGCAUAUUGGCUAUCCAGAUCAUAUUCUGCAGGACAGCAACGUGAAGCUGGACCAGGAGUACGCUCAUCUUAAUUUCAGCGAAGAACACUACUUUGAGAACGUCCUCGAGAACCUCAGGUCGGAAGCACACAAGAGUCUGAAGAAGCUCAGAGAACCAGUGGACCCAGACUUGUGGAUCAUCGGGGCUGCCGUGGUGAAUGCUUUUUACUCACCCAACAGAAACCAGAUAGUGUUUCCAGCAGGGAUCCUGCAGCCGCCUUUCUUCAGCAAACAGCAGCACCAGGCCCUUAACUUCGGUGGAAUAGGAAUGGUCAUCGGGCACGAGAUCACGCACGGAUUCGACGACAACGGGCGUAAUUUUGACAAGGAUGGUAACAUGCUAAACUGGUGGAGUAAUUACUCCGCUGAGCACUUCAAAGAGCAGUCACAGUGCAUGGUGCAACAGUAUGGCAACUUCAACUGGAAGCUAGCAGGCGGACAAAACGUCAGUGGAAUCAGCACUUUGGGGGAGAACAUUGCAGACAACGGAGGUGUUCGUCAAGCCUACAAGGCUUAUCUAAAGUGGGUUGAGAUGGAGGGUGAAGAGCCUCGUCUGCCUGGUCUAGACAUGGAUCACAAGCAACUUUUCUUUCUCAACUUUGCCCAAGUGUGGUGUGGCGCUUAUCGGCCCGAGUAUGCCAGCCAGUCCAUCAAGAUUGACUCACACAGUCCCUUAGAAUACAGGGUGCUCGGCUCUCUCCAGAAUUUCGAGGCAUUCUCAGAAGCCUUCGAGUGCCAAAAAGGCAGUCGGAUGAACCCCGAGCUGAAGUGUCGCGUCUGGUAGAAAGUUUGAAGGAAGGUAGAAAUUUAUCUCUUGACACGGGAGACUCAAAAUCAAAAAGAACAAGUUGUGCUUCUUAAAAAGCCACUGAGACAUCCAGCUUAUCUCAAUUUAUUCGGGGCAGAGUGAUGACACAGUUAUUAAUAUACUGUAGAUGUAUUUGCAUCCUGGACUACACCCUAGUUUCAAAACUUGCGGCGUGCGUACUAAAAAGAAAAAAAAAAAAAAAAAGAAACUUGCUUGAGUAUAUCUUCUCAAGUUUGAAGUGUUGUCUGUGGAUGAGUAGGUCACUUGUUCUUUUUUUCGCUGUGUUCCCACGACACAACGAGUGGGCACACGAAUAUUAAGUCGACAUAGAAAACUGAGACCACGUGAAAAAGGUGAAAGCUUAUCUUGCUGGCUCUUGAAUUAAUCCUGAAGAAGAAAAAAAAAAUCUCUUGUGCAGAUCUUUGUGAUUUAUCCAUUAUCGUUCAGCACUGAGUUGCCUUGGUGUCUUUCCUCUGAUGUGUUGUUUUCGAGACGUUGUGCCACUUCAGGAGAAAAGAAUAGUGAACAAUUCUAAGUCUGACUGAAGGGAACAAAACAAACGAAAAAGCUCAGAGCUUUGCUGAAGUAAAGCUAAGAUAGACUUAGUCACACUCUGAGAGUUUGGUCAUUCACUGUUACAUGAAACAAAUUAUCAAAAGACUUUAAGACUGUUAAAUCUUUGCAGCUUUAACCUUAAAUUAACAUUCUGCGGGAGCUGCCGCUUUCAGCGUUUUUACACUUUCAGAGUGGAUAAAUAUUUAAAAAUGUGCAAAGCUAUUUAGUAUUUUUUUUUUUUUUUUGAGGAUCUUUUUUUUUUCAAAUUGUCUUAAUCACGUCUCUGCCAGUGAUUGUUGCUCAACACUCACUGCAGACAUGUAAGUGUAUUUCACGAAUGAACCACAUUUCUGAUUUUUUGAAAAAUAUUGGUGGCCUGUUACUACUUUUUAGUGGAGAGUGAUGUGAUGAUGAUGAAAACCCCGAUGUAUAUCACUUUAUUGCAUUAUUCCAAACUGCCACGGUUAGACAAAGGUUUGGAUACAGUCUCACAUGUUCCGCUGUUUACAUGAUUCUCAGAUGCUCCAAAGGGUUCAUACUACGCUGACACGUAACUCCCACCUGUUAAGAUGACACUCACCUACAUUUAUUCAAAAUGGUCAUGUCCGCCUGUAUGAUAUCUAUAAGAACAUUUAACUCGACAUGCUGAUCGAUUGGCAGGAGAACAUUUAUUUCCUGAGAGGAAACAAGAACACGCAGUGAUUAGAAGACUUUUAGCCUCGGGGCAAAGCCAAUUACAUGCUAAAGGGAAAGGAAGAAGAGAAAAAAACCCUCAGAUACAGUCACACAUGGACGAGCAGCAGAUGAAGUGGUUUGCCCCCCUGAUCUCACAUUGAUCAGCGCUGUGUGAGAUGAAAGGAUGAAGUGCGGUGUGCUGAAGCGUGGUGACUGCUGCAGCCGAACCACGAGCCCCUCGGGCAGACACACUGAAGAGUGUGGCUAGUCAUUAAAGAGAUGGCCAGGGCCAGGACUGUUAUUUUCUACCUUUAUUAACAAGUAAUGACAGGAGAAUCAAAGCAGAGCAGAACUCACAAGAGACAAUGGAGGCAGUGGCUGCAGGUAGCUACCGUUUUUGUGCUGAAUAGAGCUUUCAAACCAGCAGAGAAAAAAAAAGAAACAAAACAUAAAACAUAAAGCUGGUUUUGAAUGUUUGCUUGUCUUUGGUCACAUGCAGGAUGCUUUGGCAAACUGAACACGACUUUUUAGGCCGAGUUGAAUGUGCAUAUUGAAGCUUUACACACCCAGUCUGUCUCUCAGUCUUCACAUAUUGGCAAAUACUGUUGUGUUUAGAGAGGAAAGAUGACACAGAAUGUACGUUCUGAUAGUGUGCUGCUAUCUUAAAGCAAAAGAUCAGACAUUUUGAGAAAUACGCUUGUUUUUUUCUGUCAGAAAGUUGGAUGAGAAAAUUGAUGCCACACUUUUAUCUCUCAUUUAAAUAUGAGCAAUAGUGAGCUUUCAGUUAGUAUAGCUUAUUAUUAAGACUGGACACAUGGGGCAAACAACAAGUCUGCUGUCCAAGAGUAAUAAAAAUGGGAUCUGUGUCUGGAUCCAGAUAAUAAACAAUUCAAUAUGCUUUUAUUUUGUAAUCCUUGUAAUCCUUGAGAUUGGAUCUCUGUCCUCCAGAGCAAAACCUGCUUGUAGGUAAUUUGAGGUGGAGGCAAAUUUAGCACCAGACUCUCUUUAAUAAAUUAGUUUUUUGAGUUGCUGAAUCAGGAGAAAGUAUUUAAAAAGUUUUCUUUGAGAAAUUCUUAGUAAUUCGUCCCUUCUUGUAAAUUCUUGGCACAUGUAAUACAUUAAGUUAUUCCUUUGUUUAAAAAAUACAGGAUAACAUGACAAGAGAAAUGAUAUGCCUUGUUAACAGCAGGUCAGCCACACGUUUUUUUCUUCUUAUUGUAUGUCAUUAAUUUCCCACCUCUGUUGCUUUCAUUUUUAAUGCACUUCUGUUGAAUAUAAACCUUUGGUGCCUUCAUGGCACAGUAUAGAGGCCGAAUAGUAGCCUUCUUGCUCGCUCCCUCUCUUAUAAGUAAAAGCAAAUAUCUGUAUGUGUUGUAUAUGGAUGUCAGCACGCUGUUCGGAUUCAAGUCACAGCUAAGACUCAUACAUGUGGUCAAGCAGAUCCGAUCACAAUGCAUACAGAUCACAUUGAAAUUCCACAUGUAAAUGAGGCCGGUCUCUGCCUUCAAUCACCUUUUGAACUCACUCAUUAACACAAAGUAUCUCAGUUGUUUAAUUUAAACAAAAAAACAACAUCAACGAUUUGCCUUUUUACAAAGGGUUACAUGCUGGACUGACUCUUUACUGAGGACCAGUAAUAGUUUUUACACUUCUGUUUCAUUCAGAUGAAUCAGGUGAUUUUUUUACCUUAGGUGUCAGGCUAGCUGUUUCCCCGGCUUCCAGUCUUUGUGCCACGCGAAGCUAACCAGCUGCUGGCAGCAGCUUUACAUAAACAGACCACUAUGACAACAGUAUCGACUUUCUCAUCUCACGCUCCUUCAGAAAGCAAGAAAUGAUUUCCCUGAAUGUCAGUCUUUUCCUUCAAAGAACAAGGCACACUCAUCAUAUCCGGUUCAAAGAAAUGCUGGAGGAUAAAUCAUAAGCUAUGGUGCAACAAUGGGCUGCUGUUCGAAGGCCAACAGCUUAGACUCUACGUUUUGUUUAGUUUUCCUCAAAAUGAGUAAACCAGUUCAACAAUGUUGACUGAAAACUAAAGUUUAUAUUAGGUAUAUACGAUGUGUUAUUGUAGAUACUCGAUGUUCUAUACUGCAGUAUUUACAUAUAGAGGAUCUAAACCAGGUAAGAAAGAGAGCGAACAUUUCUUACCUUAGUUCUAGCUUAUAUGGUGACAUUGUGUGGUUUCGAAAUAACCAGCCAAGUACAAAUACAUUAUUGUUUAUAUAUGAACAUGUUUCAUCUAUAUACCAAUCAGAGGAGUUUAUUUAUCUACAUGAAUAUUUAUGAAAAUAACAUUGUUGCUUUGCAAGAUUUCAGACGUUAAAAAUGUUUUAUGAAUGUUCCUGCUGCUAUGUAAUUAUCUAGAUUGCCAUUAAAGUGACUGUCUCAACUGUUA